AUGGCGGACAUGUCUGCUACCGAAAUUAAUGCCGCUCCUAACGGAGUGGAAAACGCUGAAAUGCAAGGCUCUGGAUGCGGUUUAUUAGUCGUGGUGGGUGAACCAUUCACCGAACCCCACAAGGAGUUAAUUUUGGAGGAAAUCACGAAAGGUUUCAAGUCAUGGGAUGACGCAGCGCAUGGCUGUGAUAUCAACGCGGAGCUUGCUGCUGUGGCUGCAGCUGCAGCAUCUGGAGAAGAAAGCCCAAAUGGGGAGCGUAUCAUCACCCACUCUGCCGACAACCUACAGACUGAGGUCCUGAUCUAUCCCACUGCCCAGACGCUGACAGGCCGUAUCCGGUCCCUGCUCUCGGCGUCACUGAGACACAAGCACAUCAUCUACGCCGGCCAUGCCAUUCACGGCACCGGAGCAUGGAUACUGCAAGAUGACAUCUUCAACUUCAGCAACCUGGUCCAGGCCUGUCGCUCACCAGACGUCGAGCCCGGACUAACACAGAAUGAUUGCACCCUGUCGAUUCAUUGCCCUGGCGAGGGUGACUGGAGCACCACAGCCCUUACUAAAGAGUGCAAGAACAUCAAGGCCGCAAUAAACCCAGAUGAUCAUCUCCCGGAACUAGCCGGAGUUAUCCAGUUUACCGCCUAUUUGUCAAGUUUCAUCAAAUGUCAUGAUGUCGGAGACUUACUACAGUCAUCCGAUGUGGUCGGGAAUAUCCGAUUCAGCAAACCUACCCUCUACAUAUUCCCUGGUGGUGAGGGUGAUUCAUCUUUGUUUGGAAUCAGCGGUUUCAAUCUGCUGAUUAAUGGAGGCUACAGUAGGAAAGCUUGCUUCUGGGAUUUUACUAGACAUUUAGAUAGGAUUGAUGCUGUCCUUCUAACGCAUUUGAGUUCUGAUAAUAUUUUCGGCAUCAGCAGUGUUCUACAGAGAAAAUCCUCUGAAAAUGUCCACCCUGAAGUGGGAUAUGUGUAUUAUAAUGCUGUUGAAAAUGGCAAAACAAAUGGUGACGAUAAAGGUUUAUUGGUCAAUGUUUUGAAUGAAGCUAACAAGAUUGUUGAUAACAUGAAAAACAUCGGUCACUCUCCUACCCCCUGUACUAGAACAAAUUCUCCCGCCAUCGCGCCUAUUAAUCUGUAUCAUAAGGUUGGCCAUGGAAGUCUUGACAUGUAUAUUCUGAAUCCUGUACAAGAUACCAAAGAGCUGAAGGAUUUCCUCACCCAGUGGAGCAAAAAUGUACGCAGCUUCUCGACUGUGAAGAUGCCUCAACAGCUUCCUCUACCAGAGGUACUGUCCGUCUGCGCACUGCUGGUCUGGAAACCAGCCGCAGCCGACGAAAACAUAACUAGAAUCUUCUUCCCUGGUAAUGCACCCCAACAGAAAAUAUUCGAAGGUCUUGACCGAUUAAAAACGCUGGACUUUCUGAAGCAUCCCAGUUGCUGUGAUAAUGAUUUGCAUGCCAAGGUAAGGAAGUCGAGCAGUGCUAGUAAGUCGGCCUCCAAGGCUGCAGUCGCUAAGGUUAAACCAGCUGCUGCCCCUGCCGCUGAGAAGAAAGCACCAAGCAAGUCUCCAUCCCCUCCUAAGGCGGCCACUCCAGUGAAGGAAACUGCCAAGAAACCAGCCCCUCCCAAGAGUACUGCGACCGGGGAGAAGAAGAAGCCGAAGGGUUCAAUCUCCUCUGCUUCCUCGGAACCCAAGAGUUCUCCCAGCAUUACUCCUUCAGACACACCAGCUAGUUCAAUACCCGAGACCAAAGAUCCAGCUAAAGAGCCUCCAGCACCAGAACCUCUUAUUCCUGACGUAGUUGCUGCUGAACCUAAGAAGGAAGAACCAGCUCCACCAGCUGAGCCAAUAGUGCCACCACAAAACCUUAUGGACAUCUCCCCACAAGGCGAGCCAGCUCCCAUCACUCCAAAGGAAGAGAGUCAACCUCUUCUGCCAGACUUGGCCCCCGUUGCUCCUGAACCAGUGAAGGCGGAGCCAGCUCCACUUAGUCCAGAACCAGUCAAGGCUGCUCCAUUGAGCCCCGAACCAGUACAAGCUGCCCCAUUAAGCCCAGAACCAGUACAAGCUGCUCCAUUGAGCCCAGAACCUGUACAAGCUGCCCCAUUGAGCCCAGAACCGGUAGAGGCAGCCCCACUGAGCCCUGAACCGGCCCAGGAGCCAGAGUUGAUUUCAAUGGUUCCAGAAACGGCACCAGAGUCUCCAAAAGAUGUUCCACAGCCAGAAGCUGCCUGGGAGGAGCCACCCAAGCCAGCUCCAGUUGAAGAAGCUAAGCCUGUCGAUUUGAUCGAAGCUGAGGUAGCACAAUCAGAUGAAUCUGCUCCUGCAGUAUCAGAUGAACCAGCAAAAGAGUCUGUUCCUGAGCCAGCAGUUGAACCUGUUAUUCCGGAGGCAUUGCCUGACCCUGCAAGAAUAGAUUUUGGCAGUUUCGAACCUGAGCCUGUAGAGAUAUUGCAUGGAGCACCCAAACAAGAGCAGGAAUUGGAGAAACAUGAGUUUGAAGCAAGUGAAGUUACAAAGGAGAAAGCAUCACUGGAAGAAAUGGGUAUUUAUGAUGGCAUGGAUGGACAUGACCCACAGGAAAACAUUGAAGAUGUGGAUAUCGAUGAUAAUCAGGCCGCACCUGAAUCUCCAGAGUACCCUUUCAUGACUCCUCAACAGUCGGUCGCUAAGGAUAGCUUUGAUGUUCCAGAGCCUAUGCCAAGUCAUGAACAUCUUACAGAGGUACCCGAAUCUGCACCGGUUGAGCCACAGCGCCCAGAGGAACUACCCAUGCGACAGGAAGAGUCAAUGCCCGCUGCAGAUGCCAUUGCUGAUUUGUCACCAGAGCAGCACCAAGAUGUUCAGAAUGCCAAUUUCUCACCAGAGGAGCUGGUUGCAGCUGAUAAAAAUGCUAUGGAGGAGAUGGGUAUCUAUGAUGAUGAUGACGAAGCAAAUGGCAAUACCGAUCAGGUGGAUGCGAAACCAGACCUUCUGCAAGCUGCUGAAGGUGAGGAAGAUGAAGGAGCACGAAGCAGAGAGUCCAGUGUCCCCUCCUCAGUGCCGUCAGAUUCUCUGUCACGUGAAACGCCAGACACAGAGAUCGAAAUGACAGGCGAGAGCGAAGAGAGAGAAGGAAGUCCUGAGAGAAGGGAACCUUUUGUGGAGGAUGAGCCAACUGUUGUUGGACCAACACCAACAGAACCAGAGGCCGCGUCUGCUCCAGACCUGAUCCAAGGCGAAUCUGGCAAUGCUGCAUUUGAGGGUGAAGAUGAUCUUCUUGGCGAUGUCAGCGCUACUCCCCAACAACCAAAUCUUCUAGAUGACCCACAGGAAAACCUAAUGGAACAACCUGCCAUAGAUAGUGAUCCAACCUGUAAUACUACUCAACCAUCUAGUCAGCCAUUAUACGACAAUUACGGUGCUCCCUCCGACCCUUUCACAGAUAAUUCUCCAGAAAAUGACCAGCAUACUCCAGAAAGUGAUUUGAUGACGCCACACAGCGACGUACCUUCCCCUAGUUCUAAUCCUUUCAAUGAUAAUGCACAAAGUGAUUCCACAUCACCCGAUGCAUCGAAUCCAUUCUUUGGUAUUGAAUCAAGUGAACCAUUCCAACAUCCAGUGGAGCCACUGCCAUGCAAUCCAUUUGAAGGAAUGCCAGAGGCACCAGCUGACGGAACAGCCGAUGGUCAGCAAGGCAUGGCCCCCUUUGACCCUCUCCAAGGAUGGGGAGAACCUAUGGGUCUACCUUCACCUCCACCUCCAGAGGAAGGAGGUGCAACUAACGCAGUGAACAGUGUGCCCAAUGAUAAGGCUGCUGACCCUAAAACUGCAACCAAGAAACCGGCGGCGAAGAAGCCGGAUGCCGCCAAGAGUCGAGCAGCUGAUGCAAAGAAAACUGGCGAUAAGAAGAGUCCAGUCUCACCAACUAAGCCUUUGAAGAGAGGAUCCCCUGCUCCAGCAGCUGCCAAACCUACGGCUAACGGCAAAGCAACGCGUGAUGCUAAGGAAACAAAGGAAGUAACCAAGAGACCAGCCAGUGCAAGCGCGACUGCCACAAAGAAGACUCGCCCAGUCUCCGCCCCAGCACCCAAGGCUGAGGCCCCAGCCAAGAAGGCUCCUGCUAGUAAACCAGCAUCUGCAAAGUCGCGUGCAUCCUCGGCCUCUGCCCCUGCGGCCAAAGCUAAGCCGCUGACACCAGUAGUGCCGGUCUAUGUUGACUUGACCUAUGUUCCACAUCAUGGAAAUGGUGCCUACUGCGACAUGGAUUUCUUCCGACGUGUGCGCGCAAGGUAUUAUGUAAUCAGUAGUAUAAAUCCCCCAGCGAGCGUUUUCACGGCUUUGCUAGAUGCCAAACAGACGUGGGAAGACGGCAGUCUAGAAGUCACAAUCAUACCAACAUACGACAAUGACACGUUGCGUCAUUGGAUGGGACUUCACCGAGAUCAGCUUAUGGAUUUGAAAAUAGACGUAGCGCCAUCUGCCAGCAGGUGUACAAUACAACUACAGGAUCAUGAGACGAGCUGCGCUGCAUAUAGGCUAGAAUUUUGAAUUCCAUGUGUAAACUAGAUUAUUAAUUUGUGGCAUGGUCUGCUAUGAACUUACUAAGUGAUAAUUAUGUCUUUACGGACUGCUUACGAUUUAUUGUCAGAAAAAUUUAUGUAAAAUAGUUGGAAUUUUAUGGUAUUUACUCCAUAUUUGCGGGCACUGGCUUGCUAACUCUGGUGAGGCCAGUUUGCUCUUUUGCUCGUCUUGCGUAUUUGAUUUGAAGAAUGGUUCUGGAACCUAAAAGGCAGAAGCACGAGAUCGAGAUUUGGUAGAUACUGCUCGGAAGCACCAUGUCGGACAAGGGACUUAGUUAGACAUUGGCAGUGUCGACUGGUGAAAAUAGUGCAGUGUAGGCCUCUGCCUGUGAUCAUGAUAAAAGUUCAAAUGACACUUGCUGUCAGACCAUGGCAGAUUGUCACUACAUAUGGAGUUCAACAUGUUCAAGAAUGCAAAAGAAUGCCCCUAAGGUGUCCAGGUCAGUAAUGCAGAGUAUGAGUGAUCAUGACUCAGAGUGACGGACCUUGUGCUACAGACUGGUACGACUGGGUUAACCUUGAGCUGGCAAACAGUUGGGCCAAAGACUUGGUCAUUCUAAGGGCUGCAAGUAGACUUAACAGUCGGUGACUUGGUCAUGUUGCGUUAGUUGUCCCAAUACAAAUCUCCUUAUCUGGGAUAACGUCAUGAGAAAGGCCAUGGUGCCACCAAGUUACUUGGCCUGUGAUAAUUGACCUGGAGUGUCCUUCGUGAUGUUGGGGUGUAUGAACCAUAGGGUCGAGAAGACCUAGGUAUGCCGCGAAUAUCCUUCUAUAUCGUAUUCGACUUGUAGUUAGAUUAAUUUAUACAAAUGUUCUCGAGAUGGAAUGAUCAUGCUUCAUAGUGAUCACAGUGAGAGAGAAGCUGCGUAUAUAUAAAUAGGUUCGCCAGAUUCUUAUCGAUUUUGCUGCUUUUUGUUGACUGUGCACUGGUGUCUAUUGUAAGCCUGGGUAUUUUUGCAUAACAUAUCUACAGAUGCGAAAUGUGUUUGAGAACGUACUGAGGAGCCUCUUAUUAAUGUGAAAUUGAAUUGCAAUGCCAAUGCCCGGCAACGGCCAGAGGUUCAUUAUGUUAGUGCCAAUAACAGAUAAUUGUUUUGGAAUGAGAGUGGGCAACGCUUACAAUUUUUCCUUGUUCUGGUUUACAUGUUGACUUCAUCUGUUCAAGAUGUUUGAUUGAGUAUUUUGGGGAUUAUUGUUAAAACCAUAGUGGAGGUCCAACAGCAUAAAUCUGUUAUGAUGAAAUCGGUGAGGCUGUGACGGGACUUGUUUACACUCUUAGUGUCUGGACUGGUCACAUAAAUACAAUGUGUUUACUCAUCUCAUCAUUGGAAACUUGUUAAUGUCUGAUAAAUUAACAGGAAAAACAUAAAUAACAGAUCACAGUGAAAAAAUAUCCUGACAGAGGAAGUGAAUUUCCUAAAUACUGAGGUACCUUUGAAAGUAUGUUCUACAGGUGAGAUGCAAGUGUUAGCACAUUAUUUAUUCGGGGUUGGGAAUUAUAACAGAUGUGCAGUGGAGAUCUAAGCCAUUAAACAAUGUUAAAGGUUAUUGAUAUGUAACUUUGCAAUCAAAGGCGAUUUAUAUGUAACUUGAAAUUUGACUAAGUAGCCUAACUUGCUUACUGAACAGACUCACAGUUGUCGUUAAUGCUUUUGUGUAGACCUUAAUUUACAGUGUAUAUGAGUAGCCAGGAAACCUGUAGAUGUGCACAAGUUUAUUCAGAUGUUGGCAUGUGAGCCAAGUCGCACUUAUGCCGGAAUAGAUGAUUGCUCUGUAUUGUAAAUACUGGUACCCUCAUCUUGUCCUUGAACCUUUCAUCUGAUUGUGAAAUAUUUGCAAGUUGGAAGUUGAAAUGCCUUCAUAGACGUCAUCAUCUUUAACAGCUGAUUUCCCCAUCACAUAUUUUGGGUCUUUAAACUCCACAUGCCCUUUCCACUGGUAAAUUUAGUUUGAUUGGAUUCCCUAAAUAUAAGAAGCGGGGUCUUUUUUAGUUUUUUUGUUUCUACAUUUGUAUUUUUGUAAAGGCCUGUUGCUAUUUCCAGAUCAAGGUAAAUCAGCUGCUACAUGCUGAGAGCAAAGUUGCCUGUUUGUUUAUUUAUUUUUUGUUACAGGGUCAAAAAGAAGCUCUCUCAAACGAGUACCCUAGUGAUUCGUAGCCCCAUCAUAGGAAGAAUUAAGCUAAAUUAGUAUUAUGUCUUGAGAAAAUUUCCACAAAAAUUUAAAUAUGGGAAAAUGAUCUUUACAUUUUAGCUCUCCAUGCUCUGAAUUAUUUUGAUUUCAUGAUCUGCCAAAUGUAUUAUAUAUUGUUUGCUGAUAAGAUAUCUGUACAGAAACUGCAUGUGACAUUUAUACAUGCUUAAACAUUAUACUAGACUUGCAUGCCAUGUAAUACUGUAUUGUAAGUUAUUUCAGAAACUUAUAGCUUAACAAGAACAUUUCAAUGCCAUUAGAUUGAGACAUUUAUGCGCAGGAGCAGUUGAGCUUAGUAUUGAGACAUUGAAAUGAUAUCCAAAUUGAGUUGCACAUGAAAAUGAAUUAAAAAAAAUCCUGUGUGAAAAUAGUGUAUGAAAGAUGAACAAGGUCAGAAAACGAUAUACCGUUUGCAGUGAUAUAAGAAAUGUACAAGUUAAAAGAUCAUACCUUUUGUGUUCCCAAGUACAGUGUUGAUUUCACCUGUAGACUUAACAUAUGUGCAUGUAUGAUUGUGUUCCAUAUAUCUGGCAUCAAAACCAGCUGGAAUUUCAAUAUGGCUUUCGGGUGUAUUUGCUUGAUGUAGUGCAACAGUUGAUAGCGUUGUGCAAGCGACAUGGACGGGACCAAAGGGUCAAAUGGUCCAGAAUGAGCAGAUUGAAAUUAUCAUAAAUGUAUCGCUAUAGACAGCUUCUCCUCCUGCUUGUAAGUUUUUAGUCCAGUCAUUUUAGGGUUUGUCCCAAUUUGACUGGACUAUAUUUCGGAACAUUUUGACAGCACUACUACCACGCUAUGCUUUUACACCAAAUGACUGUUUAUAACCAUGGCCUUGGCUUGUGCUCUGAUUAGAUUUGUGCAACUUAUUCAUUUUGAGGGGAUAUAUUCAUAUGUUAAGAAAGUUAUUUCGAAAUAGUGUUUCUACUCUGGCCUGAAUUCUAAAACAUUUCGUAACUCCUGUUCAAAACCGUCUUGGAAUUUAAGUGGACUGUGUUGAGAAAAAAAAUUGAGAUUUUAGAUGUUUUUUGUCCCUAACUGGCUACUCCCUAAUUCAUACACCCUGAGUGUAACUUGAACUGAAUAUGGUAUUUUUGUUUUUGUCCAACGGCUCUGAAUUGGAUAUGUUAUAUAUUUGUACAUUAAUGUCUGUGCAUGUGUGUUAGAUGAGUAAAAGCUGGAAGAAUCCAGUCAUAUAGUUAGUUAUAGAUGUGAGGAAUUUAAGGGUUGUUUUUUUUUCGCGAGUAGGACCCAACCAUGUGAUUGGUAUGCGCCCAUGAGUUGGGCUGGAGGAACAAGAGUCCAUUUUCUAGCAAAUUGCAAAUUAUUUUUCCUUUAUUGAGGCCAUUUUGUAUCAUUGUUCAUUUGUUUGUGAAGUUGGCACAUCGAAGAAACAGGCAGGUGUGAGAUCCCAAAACCAAUUACUCCAAAGUUCUAAGUUAGAAAUAAUUGGUUUGGUAAUUCUUAGGUCUGGAUUUCAAUCUCAAUCUCAAUGGAAAUUGGGACCAAAUGCUGUGUCUUCAAAGAGAGUGUGUCCUUAGUGGAGAGGUGUCCGCUUAGGGGGGGUUCCACUGUAAAAUGCCUGUUUCUCUGACGUGUCAACUGUCAUACAGGAGUUAGUGCAUUGUCUAAAGCUCGAAGGAAAACUUCUCCUGUCUAAAUUGUGCCCGCUUCCAGUUUUCUAUUAGUUUUUAUUAUGCAAUCAUGAUUGUGCUUUGUGUGUCUUGACUGAGGGGAAUGAUGAUUUCUUCGGCGUGGAAAGGCAGUUGUUGGUGGACAUCUAAACUAGUUCACAUUGUGGUGUAAUAUGUGCUCUUAAGACUUUGUUUAAAAUCAACCAGUUAUUGAUGCUUUCGUGAAAAUUGAAAAAGUGAGUGUGGCCUCGCUCAAAAAGGAUUGAUAAAUACUAACUUGUUUGUUUGUUUUCGAGAUGUUGGUGGGAAAUCCUUGGAUUCCCUUUGUCAAGACCUGCUUUGAAUGUUAAUAUCAAACUGCUGUUUUCGUUAAUGUCUGACUGGAACAAUUGUCGAAUAGGCGAUGUGAUCUACCAUACAUGGGUAUUGAUCGUUCCUAGAAAUGGAGAUAAUCGACGUAGUGAGAUUACCUAGUAAAUGUGUCCUGUUGUGUGUCGAUUUCUGUUCGAAUCACAAGUUCUAGCCCAUUUUUUUGCAAGAUGUUAUUGUAACAAAUAUUUGAUCCAACCUUUUUGAUAGCAAUCUGACAUUUUUGAUAUGCUUGAAAAGGAAAAGUUUGGUGUAUUUUUUUCCAGAUUUGGAUUACUAGUUUUCGCCUUUAGAAUCGGAAAUUCAGAUGUAUCAACCAGUGACAGCAUUCAGAUAGUGAAAUUUUACCCAAAUCCAUCUAAUGUCCCUCAAAACUGAUGUAAUCAUGAUACCAAGUGACUUGAAAUAGAUGACACUUAUGCCUACAACGUUGAACAAUAAUGAAUGUUACCUCACCUGCUAGUCUCUCUCUUGUGCUAUAUUUUUCUACAGAACUGUUUAUCGUGACUAGUUGUGUCAAAGAGUUGCAAUUUGUUUCCCUUCUUUAUCUGUAUCAAAAGGUGUCUACUUAUACAAUGGACUAUUUCUACACUUUAUGUUCUCGAAAUGUGCAGGUUAGCUGGUGGCAUCUUUGAGUCGAGCCUAAAACUAUCAAAAUUGAUGUGUUUGGUAUCCACAUACUGUAAACUCUGUAAUUGAGAAUAAAAUUAGCUGUAAAUUAUUGGUAUCGACGGCCGUAACCCUGUAAUUGAGCCUGAAAGUCACGGUGAUUGUUUGGUAUCAACAGCUGUAAACUCUGUAAUUGAGCCUGAAAGUCAUGGUAAUUGUUUGGUAUCAACCUACUGUAAACUCAGUAAUUGAGCCUAAAAUUAACUGUAAUUGUUGUUUGGCUUCAUCAGCUGUAAACUCUGUAAUCGAGCCUAAAAGUAACGGUAAUUGUUUGGUAUCAACAUACUGUAUUCUCUGUAACGGAGCCUAAAAUUAUCAAAAUUGAUGCAUUUGGUGUCAGCAUACUUGAAAGUCAGCCAUGUCCAUUCAGUGUGACAAUACCAACUUUUAAAGCCUCCCCUGGAUUGAUAAACUGUUGGCCAUUUGUCUGUAUCCUGUAAAAUAAAGGGUUGGAUUCAGUAUCUCGUUACUGUUUGAGUGUAUUUGUGACCAUGACAACAAAGCGACUGUGAAAUAAUCAAGAACCGGUCUUAUCUUCAAAUAAGUAUUGUUUGCCUGUGUCCGAAACUGUCGUAAUGCCAAUUUUGAUUGUGGAUUAGAAUUAAUUGGAUAGAUUAGAAUACGACUUUGUAAUGAAUAGAACAACUCCAUCUUAAUUGAAAAAUGAAUCAAAGGGUGAAGGAUGUUUGUCAAAUUUUGUCACCAGAUGGUGAACAUGCUGUAUGCUUUGGUCUUGUCCCAAAGAGAUAUAACCCUGUUCAGUAAUAAUGUGCUUUAAAGGUUUAGUAUAGGCGGGAGCUAGAGGGCCACAGAGACAAGAAAAAUCUGGACACAUUUUCUUUUCUGCCUGUUGUUGUGUCAGUUCCCAUAAGUUGGUAAGGUGGCGCCGCCAUCUCUAAAGGAGCACUAGAGGCAGGAGAUAGGGGGUCAAGUUGGUGGUUUCCAGGUGACUUAUGGUAUUCAUGGUUAGGAAACCGUCUGUUUUGACCAGUGGCAGAAAUAUAAGAGGAGUGGUGCUGGUGCACUGACACUGUAGAUACACCAAUCGGCAAGCCGGUGAAAAUUUGUCUCAAUUGACUCCUACCUUUAGUGUCCCUUUAACACAAUAGCUUCUUAUAUGAUUACUGUAACCGUUGACAGUGCAUGUAAGAUGGUGAUGUAAACUGGAUUGCUAAAGUAUCUGAUUAUCCUUGUUAUCAUAUGCAGCCCACUGUACAGGAUGUAUCAAGAUUAUUGCAGUGAACAAAUCUCGACUAAUCACUAAGUAAGAGCUCGAGAUGCGUCAGUUUGAUAUGUACAGUGUAUGAUUGGUUUGCUAUAAUGAUUUCUCAAUACUCUCAUGGACGGGAGAGUCCUGUUCAGGCCACUUACAAGAAAAUGUAGUUGCAUUACUUUUGAUACGCCCUGUAUGCCCUAUUUGGUCCCCUCUGUAGCUUGCUGUUUGACAUCACAGUCGCAGUUGUUUUAUGCAAUGUCGCUCACUUGUAUUCACGCAUGAUUAAUUAUAAUACAUAAUAGUAAUAAACUAUGGUAAAGUGCUGUCACACAA